CGGCCGACGGACAGUUACGUAUUAGCGUCGCUUCUGUUCGGUACUGAGCUAAAACUCAUCGGCGACGUGUUCUUAAAACACUCCUGAGAGGUGAGAAGAAUAUUCAAGUUCGUGAAUAAACUAGAAAAAAAGUGAGUUACAUCCAGUUGCAUUGCUUAUUCUUUCCUAAGUAAAGCGGUAGAGACACGUUCGUAUAAAUAAAUAUUAAGUGCCGGAAAAUAGAACAGAUAAUUUGAAAGAGAAGGACAUUAACACCAAACAUUUUUUUACGAAAACAUAAUUUAUCAACUAUGAAUUUAAAAGUCUCAUUGAAUAAACUGUAAUGUGAAUAUUUUCAUGGUGGUGGUUUUUGCUACAUCGUUUUGAUACAGAGUGUUGUUGCUGUAAAAAUUGAAGAGAUAGGUUAAAAAGAAAAGUACGUAAACAUUUUACAUUCAUCUGAGGUAGAACAAAAAUCUCUGGAGAUAUGCCGGACGAGAUCUCCAGCUCUGCCGUCACAUCUGUGACGCUUGUUACUCUGAGUCCGAGCUCACGCGACAGUCGAAGAAGCGUCUCGCCUCUAAGCCCAUCACAAACACGCGAUCUCAGAGCAUUAAACCUGUUUCGUGCCAUCGGCCGACGCCUUGGGCGACGUCGGAUCCGUCAUGACAACGACGACGACGACGAUGUAUCCCAAUCAUCAACAGAUUCCGAGGACAGAUCAAUUGAAUCAACAGGCGGGAAGAUCAACAGAAGCAAGAAAACUUCUGGUGGUAAAAAAGGAAGUUUUCUUCACCGUAGUGCAAGCUGCAAUGGUUAUACUUCCGGUCUACUCCACCUCCAUUCUACAGGAAGUAGUGCUGGCAGCAGCAGCGGAAGUGACAUAAGUAGCGGUCACUCGACGAACAAUAAUACCUCGUCACCGUCCUCGAGUCUUCGUCAAAGGUCUUCGUUUAAGAACGUUUUCCAGUCGUUGACGAAAAUUUCUAGAAGUCCCAGCGUCAGUGGCGUUACGACAAACUCUCCAAGCGUUGACACCAGUCGCAGGGCGCAUGAGAGCGACAGGAAGAAGGUCAGGGAUAGAAGCAUAUUAAGGGCUCCAGUAACUUACACGUACGUUAGGGGACUUUCAGGGCUUCCUACACAAAGAGUACCCAGAGGAUAUCCUUGUGUUUAUCUACCGUCGGUUGUCUGUUGUGGAACGUCAAAAUAUGGUACUCAACAACCUGGUCUAGGUCAGUAAGCUUGUUUGACCCUUAGAAAGAAUCCACCUAGUUGGGAGUAUAAUAUUAAAGUGCGUCUUGGAAGAAAAUAGGAUGGGGUGCUAUGGAUUGGAUUCAUCUGGCUGAAAAUAUAGACCUGUAGCUGACAAUUAUGAACAAGGUUAUGAACCUUCGGGUUCUGUAAAAUGUUUGGAAACCCUUGAGUAGGUGAAGACUACUGGCUUUUCAAGAAGGAUUCAGUUCAUGUAUUUAGUUAUAUGGAUACAGACUUUUAGAAAAUUACAUUGUAAUUAUAUGUCUUGCACUUUGUUGCCAUGCAACACUAGAGAGGUGACGUAAUUGUCUGGCAGUUGCUAAGCAACAGUGAGACAUGAUGUACUUAUAAAUUACGCCAUCAUCAGAGGUUAUGGUACUGUACCAAUGUUAGUACACAUUUGGUACUGAUUGUCUGUACUCGUAGUUCAUACGUCAGUUUUCAUGUCGAAACGUUUUCACUUUGUAUUCAUUUAUUUUAAAUAAGCAGUUUGUUCACUAAUGUUAAUACAAUACCAUAAUCUAUAUAUAAUUAAUGUAAGUGUAAUAGUGUAAGAUUUGAGGUUUCCACCCCUGUGACUGAGCAAUGCCGUCAUUUGGGAUGUGGCGCCCUGUAGAUAUUGUGUGAGCCGACGUUUCGGAGGUACGUAUCGCUUCCAUCUGAGUC